AUGACUCGCUCGGCUUCCUGGCUCCGGCCGCCGCCGCCCGGUGUUUGCCCGCGUCCCGCCGGGGCCCCAAGAAGCCGUUGGUGGGUCCGGGCCGAGGCCGUCUGGUGUGGAAGCUCUCCACUGCCGCCGCCGCCUAGCCUCCCGUUCGUCCGUCUUCCCGGCCGGCCGCCUGCCAUCAUGCUGGCGCUCAUCUCUCGCCUGCUGGACUGGUUCCGCUCGCUCUUCUGGAAGGAGGAGAUGGAGCUGACGCUCGUGGGGCUGCAGUACUCGGGCAAGACCACCUUUGUCAAUGUCAUUGCGUCAGGUCAGUUCAGUGAAGAUAUGAUACCCACAGUGGGCUUCAACAUGAGGAAAGUAACUAAAGGUAACGUCACAAUAAAGAUCUGGGACAUAGGCGGGCAACCUCGAUUCCGGAGCAUGUGGGAACGUUACUGCAGAGGAGUCAACGCGAUCGUUUACAUGAUAGAUGCUGCAGAUCGUGAAAAGAUAGAACCUUCUCGAAAUGAACUACAUAAUCUUCUAGAUAAACCACAGUUACAAGGAAUUCCAGUACUAGUACUUGGAAACAAGAGAGACCUUCCUAAUGCCUUGGAUGAGAAACAGCUCAUUGAGAAAAUGAAUCUGUCUGCUAUUCAGGAUAGAGAAAUUUGCUGCUAUUCAAUUUCUUGCAAAGAAAAGGAUAAUAUAGAUAUCACACUUCAGUGGCUUAUUCAACAUUCAAAAUCUAGAAGAAGCUGA